GUCUAUGGACAAAAGAAAUUUGUCAAAUCAUCGUAUUAUUUGUGCUCGUAGCUCGUAUCAAAAAUUGCCGAUUAAUUAGCAAGAAAUCAUCGCGUAACUUUUGUGUUGGUGAAUUAUAAGUUAACAAACAACAAAAUGAAUAUAACAUCAGCGGCGGGGAUUAUAUCCCUGCUGGAUGAGCCGAUGUCUGAAGUUAAAGAGUUUGCAUUGAAAAGGUUGGACAAUAUCGUCGAUGAAUUUUGGCCUGAAAUAUCUGAAUCUAUUGAAAAGAUUGAAAUAUUGCAUGAAGACAAAGUGUUCUCUCAGCACCAGCUAGCAGCUUUGGUGGCAAGUAAGGUGUAUUACCACUUAGGAGCGUUUGAAGAUUCAUUGACGUAUGCGCUGGGCGCUGGUGAUUUGUUCGAUGUGAAUGCAAGAAAUGAAUAUGUCGACACAACUAUUGCUAAGGCGAUCGACUUCUACACUUCUAAAAGGAAGGCUCUGUUCGUGGACAGCGAUGCAGGAGCGAUAGAUCCCAGGUUAGAAGCCAUCGUGAACCGAAUGUUCCAACGAUGCCUUGAUGAUGGACAGUACAGGCAGGCACUGGGGUUGGCCCUGGAAACCCGACGCAUGGACAUUUUUGAGGAAUCCAUCAUGAAAUCUGAUGAUGUAGCUGGUAUGCUUCAGUAUGCUUUCACAGUUGCAAUGAGCCUUCUGCAAAACAGAGGCUUCCGCAGCACUGUCCUCAGGUCCCUGGUAGGUCUGUACAGAGGUCUCAACAUCCCAGACUAUGUCAACAUGUGCCAGUGCCUCAUCUUUCUGGAGGAUCCUCUCUCUGUUGCAGAAAUCCUUGACAAACUAAGUCAUGGACCUCAAGAGUCUGUCCUUAUGGCAUACCAAAUUGCCUUUGACCUAUAUGACUCAGCUACACAACAGUUCCUUGGUAGAGUACUACAGGCUCUAAGAACUACAGCACCCAUCCCCAGUGCUCUUGGUGGCAAGCCCCAACCUCAAGGAGGACCAUUCCCUGAGGCAAGCAUGGAGGUUGAUCAACCAGCUGAAGAAGCUAAGAAACCAGAGAGAGAUAUAGAAAGUCUGAAUGAUGAAGAAAAAGAACACCAGAAACGGGUAGAAAAAUUAAUUUCAAUUCUAGGAGGUGAAGUAUCUAUAGGAUUACAACUACAAUUCUUAAUUAGGUCUAAUCAUGCCGAUUUGCUUAUCUUGAAGAACACAAAAGAUGCAAUUAGGGUGUCUAUUUGUCACACUGCUACUGUUAUAGCCAAUGCCUUCAUGCACUCUGGUACUACCAGUGACCAGUUCUUGAGGGAUAACUUAGAAUGGCUUGCAAGAGCCACAAAUUGGGCUAAACUGACAGUAACAGCCUCCCUUGGAGUUAUUCAUAGAGGUCAUGAAAACGAGUCCCUAGCUCUCAUGCAAUCAUACUUGCCAAAGGAAGCUGGCCCAUCAUCAGGUUACUCUGAAGGAGGUGGCCUAUAUGCCUUGGGUCUAAUUCACGCCAACCAUGGUGCUAAUAUCAUUGACUAUCUUUUAACUCAACUAAAAGAUGCUCAGAAUGAGAUGGUACGACAUGGAGGUUGUCUCGGUCUUGGUCUGGCUGCAAUGGGUACACACAGACAAGAUGUCUAUGAACAACUCAAGUUUAAUUUGUAUCAAGACGACGCAGUCACAGGUGAAGCAGCAGGCAUAGCCAUGGGAAUGGUCAUGUUGGGUUCCAGGCAUGCUGCAGCUAUUGAAGAUAUGGUUGCCUAUGCUCAAGAAACUCAGCAUGAGAAAAUAUUGAGAGGAUUGGCUGUUGGUAUAGCUUUCACGAUGUAUGGGCGUCUUGAGGAGGCUGAUGCCCUUGUCCAACAGUUGUUAAGGGACAAAGAUCCUCUACUGCGUCGCGCUGGUUGUUACACUAUCGCCACUGCUUACUGCGGCACUGGAAAUAAUGACUCCAUCCGCACGCUUCUCCACGUAGCCGUUUCUGACGUAAAUGAUGACGUACGUCGCGCUGCUGUCACGGCUCUCGGCUUCCUUCUGUUUAGAACACCUGAGCAGUGCCCAUCAGUUGUAUCUCUGUUAGCUGAAUCAUACAAUCCUCACGUCCGUUAUGGCGCUGCCAUGGCUUUGGGUAUAGCUUGCGCUGGAACUGGCAACCGUGAGGCUAUUGGCCUUUUGGAACCAAUGGUCAAGUUUGACCCCGUCAACUUUGUGAGGCAAGGCGCCUUAAUCGCUUCUGCCAUGAUUCUUAUUCAACAAACUGAAGCCCUUUGUCCAAAAGUCACCUAUUUCCGUCAACUUUACGCACAAGUAAUCUCCAACAAACAUGAAGAUGUGAUGGCUAAAUUCGGAGCUAUCUUGGCUCAAGGCAUAAUCGAUGCUGGUGGCCGCAACGUAACGGUAUCUCUACAAAACAGGACUGGUCAUAUGAAUAUGCUUGCUGUGGUCGGCAUGUUAGUCUUCACCCAGUAUUGGUACUGGUUCCCUCUGGCUCACUGCCUAUCCUUAGCUUUCACCCCUACUUGUCUGAUUGCUCUCAAUUCUGAUUUGAAGAUGCCCCAGAUGGACUUUAAAUCAAACUCAAAACCUUCUCUCUAUGCUUACCCGGCUCCUUUGGAAGAAAAGAAACGAGAGGAAAGAGAGAGAGUUACCACUGCUGUCUUAAGUAUUGCCGCAGCCAAAGCUCGCAGGCGAGCACAUGGAACUGAGGGCUCUGCUAGUAGCAUGACUUCUUCCUCCACAUCUAAAAUGGAUGUUGAUGAAGAAGAGAAGAAGCCAUCAAAAUCACCAAAUCCUAACAUAACAGUCCAUGGAAAAUCGGACAAGGAUGCUGCCACUGCUGGCUCUUCCAAGGAAGUCAAGAAGGAGGAGAAGGAAGGUGAAGAAAAGGAGACAAAGGAAAAGAAAGAGCCAGAGCCCACCUUUGAAAUCUUGAACAACCCUGCGAGGGUAAUGAGGCAGCAAUUAAAGAACCUGACUCCUGUAGAGGGUACAGGGUUUACCCCAUUGAAAGACGUUACUAUUGGUGGUAUUGUCAUGUUAAACCACUCUGGUGAUGGAGAACAGGUUCUGGUCGAGCCUGUGGCCGCGUUUGGCCCAAAGACAGAGGAAGAAAAGGAGCCAGAGCCCCCAGAACCAUUUGAGUACUUGGAUGAUUGAUAUUGUCUCUUCAGCUAAUUCAUCUCAUGAUGAUGCUCUAUAGUAAUAGGACGAUAAUUAAACAUUUCAAUAUAUUGAACAAGUUAUGAUCUAGAUUAAAAUGUUGAAGUACAUGAUUACUACUAACAGGAAAUUAUUAUUGUGUUUCACGAAUAAAUAAAUGUACCUAAUGAAAUA